AUGCGCUUCCAAAGCGUGAUGUCUCUCGCUCUGUGGCUUUUAAGUGUCAUCAACCUGCUCUACAUCUUGCGAUCGUUCAAGGCGUUGAUAUCACGUCCUCAACUGCAAUACUCGUACCGAGGCCACGAUCACCCACAAUAUCUCCCAUUUAGCGACGAGCUCGUCGAGAUGGUCAUCGAAGAGAGCGUGCACUAUCCACUCCAGGGCCUCGCCUCCGACGGCCAGUGGGACUCGCUGUCAUCCGAGAGCUACGGAUACGUGAGGCUGGGGACCGACGAUCGCCUGUUCGCCGUGACGAUGUUCCACGAGCUGCACUGCCUGCGCAUGUUGAACUUUGCCUUUGGCAAAGAGGGCAUUGCGACGCCCGAGCACAUACGACAUUGUCUGGGAUACCUUAGAGACGGGAUAUUGUGCACGCCGGAUCUGACGCUCGAGCCGGGGGAUUUCGAGGAGAGAGACUUUGAAGUGGAGAGGAUGGGGGCGACGCAUUUUUGCAGGGACUGGAGUGCUGUGUAUCCGAUUAUGGACGAGAACUACGCCGUGUGGAAGGCAAAGCCCUCUUGA